AUUUAACAAAGUACUUUAAUCUUGGCAGGUCACAUGAUCUGCUCCUUUUUGAUUACUAGCAACUGUGGGCUGUAUAAGAGGUUUCGCCUAAAGGAAACAUUUUUACAGUUUCCCACAAGUUCGUUCUACUAUCAGGAAAAUCUACAAAGAAAGCCACAAAUUUUCACUUCUUGCCAAAAGGCAAUGAUGGGUAUCUGGAAUGCAGCCAUCGUCUUCAUUGUUGCUUCGUCAUGUGUUCAAAGCCAGCAUACUGCUCCCCAAGAAUUAAAGCAUGUAUCCCCUGCAGAGAAUGAGAUUCUGAAGGCACAGACAGGAGAUAAAACUGUAAGCCUGAGUGAUCUGAUAGAAAAUGUGUUAGAGAGUAUAGCAGAUACUGGAGCUGCAGACACUGCUGUUAAGGCAGAAAGCACCACUCCUGUAUCUUGUCCUGGAAAUCAAAUCUUUCUAAAGAAAGAAGCAGUCUGCGGAUGCCCAGAUGAUUUGAUUUUGGAAGGAGAGAAUUGUACCUGUCAGUCUGGUUUUCAGCUCCUUGCAGGACAGUUGCAGUGUGAAGAUGUGGAUGAAUGUAUAUUUGAAAAGAAUCCCUGUGGACUGCAUAUGAACUGCACCAACACCCUGGGCUCUUUCCUGUGUCAGUGUGAACGCGGUUUUGUCAUGGGAGUAAAGGGAUGUGAAGAUGUGGAUGAAUGUCAGCUAGUCCAGAUAACAGGACUACAGACUUGCCCAGCACAUUCUCUCUGUCAGAACACUCUUGGGUCCUUCCUUUGCUCUUGUGAUGUGGGAUUUGUAUUGUCACUGGAUGGGAAGACUUGCUUAGAUGUGGAUGAGUGCACAUUUGAAGAGCAGUGUCGCAGAGAGCUGGGUAAUUUGUGCAUAAACACACCUGGCAGUUAUAGGUGCAGCUGUCAGGGAGGAUUCAAAGCUCAGAAUCUCUCCUGUGUAGAUAUUAAUGAGUGUGAAGAGAUCCCUGGCGUUUGUAAUGAUGAAAGAGUUUGUGAAAACACUAUUGGAAGUUAUAAAUGUGGCUGUCAGCCUGGGUUUCAGGGUAAUGGCACUCAUUGCGAAGAUGAGAAUGAGUGUGCCUCUGGAAAACAUGGAUGUGAUAUCAACGCAAGAUGUGGCAAUGUUAUUGGCUCCUACUUCUGCCAAUGUUACCAAGGAUUCAAUGGUGAUGGAUUCACCUGUUUUGAUGUUGAUGAGUGCUCCCUGAGUAAUGGCAGCUGCCAGCAUCGGUGUGUAAAUGAGCCUGGGACUUUUCACUGUGAAUGCAAUAAAGGCUAUGCUCUGAUGGGAGGCAACAGGAACUGUACAGAUGUCAAUGAAUGUGAAACCAACAAUGGUCAUUGUGAUCAGAUCUGCACCAACACAGACGGGUCUUAUGUAUGCUCAUGUAAACAAGGAUUUCAGCUCCAUAUCGACAAGAAACACUGCACAGAUAUUGAUGAAUGUAAAAUUCAGAAUGCCGGGUGUUCUCAUGGUUGUAUAAAUUCAAAUGGAAGCUAUACCUGUCAGUGUCCCCCCAAGAUGGCACUGAACAAAGACAGCAAAACAUGUAUCAAUAUCACAUCUUGUGAGCUGAAGAAUGGUGGCUGCGACCAGUUAUGUACAGAACGAAUGGGAGAAAUGAAGUGCGCCUGUAGAAAAGGCUGGGUCCUCAACGCUGAUGGCAAGGCCUGUGAUGAUAUUGAUGAAUGCGGGGAUUUUACCAAUGGUGGCUGUGAACAGAUCUGCAGUAAUCACCUGGGAGGAUUUAACUGCACCUGCUUCAGAGGUUACCAGCUACGUACUGAUGAUAAGACCAAGUGUGAGCCUCACUGUGACCCUCCUUGUCAAAACUAUGGGGUCUGUGUGGCACCAGACACCUGUGACUGUCCUGCAGGAUAUCCAGGACCAGGAUGUUCACCAAUGUGCUCCCCACCUUGUGCUCAUGGAGGUACCUGUAUGAGAUGGAACACCUGUCUGUGCCCUAAAGGAUGGGGAGGUAAAGCAUGCCAAACAGCGAUGUGCGAGUUGCCCUGUGGAAAUGGAGGCCGAUGCAUAGCUCCUGAAACCUGCCAGUGCACAUCGGACUAUACAGGACCACAGUGCUUGACACCUACCUGUACACCACCAUGUCAGAAUGGAGGAAAAUGUAUUGAUGUCAACAAAUGUGUAUGUCCAAAAAACUGGCAAGGUGCUCGGUGUCAGAUUGAACCUGUUCUGUGUGAGAAAAAAUGUAAAAACGGCGGAGUGUGUGUUGGGUACAAUAAAUGUAAAUGCAGUAAUGGCUUUUCAGGAUCUUUGUGUGAAACAGCUGUGAUUGAACCAUGUGUUCCUCCUUGUCAGCAUGGUGGCACAUGUGAGCAGUUUAACAAGUGUGAGUGUCUUGAAGGAACAGCUGGAAAUCGCUGUGAAAGGCUAACCUGCCCGAUUGUUACAACCACAGUGAGCACAAUGCGAGCCGUGCGCCAGGGAGUACGAGAGAGUUAUGUUGACCGAUGUGGACCACUUGGAGCUCAGCUGUGUACAAAAUACAGGCUCAAUCAGGUGCGAGUCAAUGUGCCAGCUUAUAAGGUGGGAUACAAAAUUCAAUGCAGCAAGCCUGGAAAAAAGAAUUAGAACAUCUGUGACUGAUUACCACCCACUUUAAAAUAUACUGAGGAGUAUAAAGCAGCUUUUAAGACAUCUACAUAUAAGGCAGCAUUUAAGACAUCUACCAGUCUUAAACAGUUCCCUGCUUUUUCUGAUAGAUUCUUGUAUGGCACAGAUCAAAUUACAUUUACAGUAUUGUAUGAGAAGAACAAUGGGCAAAAGAAAUUACUGGAAAGGAAUUAUAUAGGAAAAUUGAUCAGAAAAAAUUCCAUGUGCAUAGAUUUAACAAAGUGUAGAGGCCGAGGGGUGUUUACUGAUGUUUAAGUAUGUGCAUUUGCACUUGAAAAACCAAAGAGUGAUGUCAACUUCCAGUCUUCGAUUUGUGUUUUGUUGCAGUAGAUGCCUUGUAGGUUUGUAACAAAUUACUUUGUUGAAAAAAUGUUUUUCAUAUGCCAGUUCUAUACAAACAAAAGGUGAAUCAUUUUGGAGUUUGUUAGCAUUUCUGUUGUCAGGAAAUACUCAAUAACAUUGUUGAACUGUCGAUAAGUAAUAUAGAUGUGUUUUACAAGAAAAUACCAGCAAGGGCGCACAGUAGUAUCCAGAUAGUAAGUAGCAGAUGUGGGAAAAGCCAGCUGCUUUAGACCACAUGGAUUCCUAAACACAAUUUAUUGAAGCAUUAAGGCAUGCUACUGUAUAAUAGCAUCAUACGGGGGCCGGGGAGGGUAGAAAUCAGAACAGAAAGGUGAUGUCUCAUACCACAGCUAAUACUAUCGGUUUAUACAGAUUAUAUGAUCACUGAUUGCCUUGCUGCUGAUGAUAAUAUAUCAUUCCAUAGCUGCAAACCAGGUGCUACUUUUUGUUUUUACUGACAAGAUAUUAUCAUGUCCCAGAGGUGCUGUGAAACAUGCGCACAGUAAGUGAAUACCUACAUACUUGGCUGUGCAUUGAUAUUUCUUUCUUUGCAUAAUUUGGCAUAUGAUCAGGACAAAAGGGGUUAUUUUAAGCAGAGUGCUUCAAAUAGUAAGGGGUUCUUUAAUGCUUUGUUUUUCAAGCAUAGACUCCUCUAAGGAGGUGAUAAGCUACAAAAGUGUGAAUUGUUGUACUCUGUGGCUAUAAGCCAAUCACUUGCAGCCAUUUGAUCCUCUUCAUGAGGAAUCUUUAUACCUUCUCAGGUUGUACUAGAUGGUGUGCAGGUUACAGAGCAAGUAACAAUAUUGCAAAAUUGGUGCAUUUAAAGUUAUGCAAAUGGGGACAGUUAUUUCUCUGGCACAGAACUACCAGUAGUAUGGAUAUCGACUAAAAGGUUAUUGGUAAGGACUCCUGAGUUUUUUAUUAUUUUGUCAUCUUUUAGACUUUGCCCAUUAAUAGCGCAUACAUUUUUUUACAGAUACUGUAAUGCUGCAUUUAUUGAUAUCAAAGACAAAGUCAUUUCUAUUGUAUCACUGGUGCACAAGUUUAAGUGCUGUCUGCAGGGAUCUUUGCAUACAAGAAAGUUGCAGCCCUCACUUUCCCAAACUGAAUAGUCUUCAGACCUUCAUUGUGCCUUGAUAUCAUGAUUAUCAUCAUCUUCAAUCACCUUUUCCCCAUUUUUAUACGGGGCAAAGUACAACAGCAACAUAGUCAGUGUGAUCACAUCACCUAGAGCCACUCCUUACAACCUCCAAGUGGUUAGCCCUGACAUGCCUUAAUAUACUGUCAUCAAGUCACAAACAGGGCUGGGACUGCCAAGGAAAAAGCCAUAGCUUUAGAGUUCUUUUCCCACUUUGAAUGUAAUUAAUGCAGAGAAUGUGGACACAACUCUCAGUUCUCAAAUAUGGGGAAACAGUCCAGUAGCCCUGGGACUCCAUAUUGUUGUAGCAUUUCCUAAAAGACAUUCCAGGAUACACAGUCAUAUGUCUUCUUUUGGUCCACAGUAGAUAUUUAAAUUGCACUGCAAACUCUCACUUGAUUAUUUUUGCAAACUCCCACAUGAUUAUUUAUGCAAACUCUCAUAUGAUUAUUUCAGUACCUAUGUAAAGGCAAAAAGCUAAUCCACUGUUUCAUGAUGAAGAUGGAAUUUGUACUGGUCCUGUUGAAUCAGAGACUUGACUGGAUAAAUGUUUCUUUUCAACAUGAUGGCAUAUGCAUUCCCAUGGAGUGCUAGAAUAAGAUCUGUUUGUAACUAUAACAAAGCCUCUUCAACUCAUCUUUAGAAAUGGAGACCCCUCUCUCAGUUUCUAGUUCAAAAGUACUGUUUAUAUUCAUGACCAACACUUAAAAUGUAUGUUAACUAUUAUUUCCCAAUGGUAUCCAGCAUUUCUAGCGAGAUCUCCACCACUCCUUGCAGCCUUGCCACAGUGGAACCAUUUACUCACCACAGUGAUCCCUUUUAUGGAAAUUAAUGCAAACCCAUCAUUUGAUUUUGGCAUGGCCUGUUCACAGGACAGUAUGUCCACUUGAAUCAGGAGAUCUUAAAAAUGUUUCUCUUGACAUGGCCCUUAGCGGAGGUCAUUACUUUAUCAUCAUUGCUUAAAACUGGGCAGUAGCCCAUCACCUUUUUCUAAAUCAUGUGUUAGCUUGCCAGAACUUCUUUAAAGCAAUCCAAAUGUAAUUUUCUGUAGCCUCACCAAACUAAUCCUUCACUACGGUCUUCACUGUAACUACCACAGUUUCUGAAAUCCUGGAGAACCCCCUGCUGCCACUGCAUGGAAUACCUCUUUCAUUAAUUGAAUGUCUUUCUUUGAUUCUGAUGUCCACUAACAUAUCCAACAAUUGAUUGCAUGAUAGCACCAACCACUUAUUUGCCCAAAACCCAUUGCUAGUGACUCAGCUGUUAAGGUUUUGAACAGGGUCCAUUCAAAUUCCAUGACCCUAACCUCCCUAAAUAUAUGAGUGAAGCUGUUCUAGAGAUGGGAGUUGGAAUCAUCCCAUGCAAAAGCAAUGGCAAGGCAUUCCCAAGAUGCUUUCAAUAUACUUUUUUUCAGAAGACUGUGUAACAGCCACUUCAGCCAUCUAAGAAACUCAUGACCAAAUGCUGAUUAUUAAUAGACAGCUCAACACCUUCCUUUACUUGAGUCUUCAGAAUGUGAGGCUUCAGGUCUGUUGGCAUGACUAUAUAAUGAUUCAUUGACCUUUGCGCAAAAUGCCAUUACCGUAUGCAAUUAUUGGUAUGCCAAUGUUUGAGCAUGAUGUUUUCAUGGAAGUCCACGCCUGGCAAAGAAGUAAAAAAAAAUGUCAGUGAAAUUUAAAGCAGGCAAAAUAGUCGUCCUAAUUGUAUCACUUUAGAUAUUUGAUUAUUCCCCACAUCAUUCUAGAAGUGUCCCAGUAACACAGAAUCUGAUGGUGAUAUGCUAUUGAAUAUAUGUCUCUUGGGUUUUCAUAGGCAAUGUAUAUUUUGCAAAUAUAGAAACAAAGGUAUUAUGUAGCCAUAAACCAAGUUAUUCAAGAUGGAACAAUGUGCACUGUAAUAUAUAUUUAUUGUGUCCUGCUGUUUGUGCAUGAUCCUGAAAUAACAGUGAUUCAUAGAAGAGAAUUGCUGCCCCUGUCUACAGGAUCAUGUUUAGAAUGUACUCUCUAUUGUGCAGGUACAACUAGUGACCAGAGCUAGACAGUAUCACUUCCAUAGAUAUAAUGGAUGCUGUUGUCUGUGCUCUGCCCAUUGCCCUACAUCCCCUGAUGAUGAUGAUGAUGAGGAGGACACCUGCUUCAGGUAUCAAUACCAUCAAUGUGACCAUUGCCAGCUAUUCUACAACUUAGUUUGGUACUAGUAUCCAUAUUCUCCAGAAUGCAGUACAUCUAUGCACCACUACUGAAGGGUUUCAAGCUUUGAUGCAAACAACAAAAAGGACUAGAUGAUUCUACCCUUCAACAGAGAAUGUCACUGUGUUCUUAUCACACCAGAUGUAUGCAGACUUUGUCUGUCUCAGAAGGCACCAGGAAACAGCUAGGUUUUCCUGUAGGUUGUGCAUACCAAAGAGUGACUAAAAAGGUUCAUGAUUCCUUUGUCAUACAUACAGAGCAGGAACUAUUUGCACAAUAUUACAGUAAGGAAAUGUGUUGCAAUAUGUGCUACCACUGGUGGGAACAGUUAUUUCAGUGUCAGCAUCAUGCAAAGACUGUUACAUUACUUAAUGUUGCUGUGAUUAGUAUUACAUUAAGGGGAGGCAGGAUGGCAGUAGUAAAAUGAUUCUUGCUGUAUUAACUGCUGCAUAACAAUGUUCUGCUGAGUACAGCAUCAGGUUUGAGGGGCCAUCAGGACAGAAUUGCCCAUUAAUUUUCAGACAGUCUUUACUGAUCCCUACAUAAAAUUUAAUGCUACUACUUGAUGUACUCCACGAUUUGCAUGGAUGAAGAUGUGCAUCAUAAUUUGUGUAUCUGCUCAAAACCUGGCCCCUUCUGGGUAUGCAGUUGUGUAUACACUUCUUCAGUGGUAUAACUGACAUUUCCAGAACACUGUAGAACUUUAGUAUAUGGUUUUACCAUGUACCAGCCCUAAGCAGCAAAAUGAUUAUGAAUACUUCACAAAAUAUUAAAGCAAUCUGUCCUACCAAUUUUGAUCAUCUGUCAUAAGCACAUUUUAUUAUAUGGUAGCAGCUGUUUUGCAUCUUCUCAGUCCCUCGUCUGUCUCAAUCAUCUGGGUCAUAGUAAGCUUAGAUAAUUCACACACUGACUCUGGAAUGUAUUCACAUGUGCAUUUUGCCCACGAGAAACAUUUCUUCAUGCUGUGAUCUGCAGAGUAAACCCAGUUCAGCUGAGCUAUUGUGACACUAGUACCAUUGUCUGUCGACCCUUGUCCUUGUACUCCUGUAGGCAAGUACCUGCCUUUCCCUCCUGUGAAUAUUUGCCUUUUCAUUCAGGCCAGGGUUUUACUGUUACUAUGAAUUCUGCUGUCUGCAAUUGUGUGAUUCCAUUGUCAUCGUGACUUCUCUAGUAUUCCCCUAUUUUAUAGGCCCUUGUGCAUUUCACAGAUCUAACCCUCAGUAUUAAAUGAAUGCAAGUGGCCUGCAAAGUUCAAAACAGUCUGUCAGAUGGUUUAGCUCAAUGACUUCAUUUUAUUAUAUACUUAAGAGAAAAGUUUUGUACGUUUAAUGUUCAGAAAUAUUUCAAGUUGCACUUGUUUUAUGAUUUCUCUGCCUAGCAAGUGCCACAAUUGUACAGAAUAUGCCAAAUUUCCUAAAGCAAGGGGAGUUUUGAGUGCAAAGAUUACAGUACUAUUUAAAAUUCAUAAUGGCUGUGUGUUAAACUGUUCAUGUAAAUAUCUUUAUGCGUUGCAUUUCUGUUUGUUAUUAAAAUUUGGAAUUCAUGA